CCUACCUUGCAGAGCCCUGAAACUGAAGAGGAACAAGGUGUUUUCAUCUGUUGGAAGAACUUGAAAAUGCUGCUCUCCAGCCUUCUGGAGGUGGUCCUGGCUUCACUGUGGCUAGGAUCCAGUAUUGCCCAGAGGGUAACUCAAGACCAACCAGCAAUGUCAGUGCAGGAGAAGAAAGCUGUGACCCUGGACUGCUCAUAUGAAACCAGGGAUACAACUUACAGCCUCUUCUGGUACAAGCAGCUGAGCAGUGGGGCAAUGAUUUUCCUUAUUCGUCAGGACUCCUAUAACCAGAAAAAUGCCACAGAAGGUCGCUACUCACUGAUGUUUCAGAAACUAAGCCAUUCCAUCAACCUUGUCAUCUCACCUUCACAGUUGGAGGACUCUGCAGUGUAUUUCUGUGCCCUGGGUGAGCCCACAGUGAGAGGACAAACCCGCGGAAACUCAGUGACCCAGACAGAAGGCCAAGUGACCCUGUCCAAAGGGGUUUCCCUGACCAUAAACUGCUCCUAUGAAUCCACACGGUACCCCACUCUCUACUGGUAUGUUCAGUAUCCUGGAGAAGGUCCAGUGCUCCUCCUGAAAGCCACAAAGGCCGAUGUUAAGGAAAGCAGCAAAGGUUUUGAAGCCACACACCGUAGACAACCAAAUUCUUUUCACUUGGAGAAAAAGUCAAUGGAGGAGUCAGAUUCGGCAGUGUACUACUGUGCUCUGGGUGACACAGUGACAGAAACUGCAGGGGGAGCUGAGCACAAACUCUGGCUGCUGAAUGUCUAUGACUGUUUGAUCUCCUUUGGUGGAUUUCAUUAUUUAAUAUCAAAUGCACAGGACAUCAAUACAAAUUUCUAAUCUUUAAUAAAGCACAUUAAUUGAGUUGUUCGGCAGAUUAGACUUCCAUACUACAGGGAUAUUGAAGACAAAGGAAUGUUUUCAUUUAGGG